GCUGAGAGAUAAGGUGAAUCUAUCUCUUAUAUAUAGCGUGUUUAUCCCGCAUGAAGCGUCUGCCGUGGCAGGAGUAAAGUAUUUAUUCCUUCCAACUAUUCUUACAAGCAGUCAGCCAUGCUUGGCGUUCUUGUCCUUGUCCUUUCCCUCGCAGUAGCAGCGUCCACCCAGAACCAACACCCGUUCGUCAUGGCAGACGAGACAACGAAUGACGAGUAUCAUUUCGGUUCAUCGAUUCGUAGGGUAGCUAUCAUUGGUGCUGGGCCCAGUGCACUCGUGGCAUAUAGAGACUUCACUCAGGCUGGUUUCGAGCUUCGCAUUUUUGAGAGGGACACCGUUCCUGGUGGAAACUGGCACUAUACUGAAGAGGCGCCAGCUGAUGCUCCCGUCCCCAAUGCUGAUAUUCCCAUUGCUGACUUUGUGCCGUCGUUUGCCCCAGAAGAAGUCGAUCUUCCUUAUACAGAAGAACUUGAUGGCAAUGACGACCUCCGCAGAGACCACCGUGGUCCAAAGCCUGUGUGGGAAUCUUUGAAAUCCAAUGCUCCAGCUCCAUUGCAGCAGAUCACUGAAAUUCCUUGGCCAGAGGGUACUCGUUGGGAACUUUCUCAUUACCAGCUGCGCAAUUACGUGCGAGCCUUCGCAUCGUAUCACGGUAUAAAUAGUAACGACGACAAUCCUGUGAUGUCUUACAACACAAGAGUCGAACGCGUUGAGAAGAGAUUGAACGAGAAAGGUCAGGAGCAAGGUUGGAGGCUGUGGCUCAAAGAACUCGUGCCCAUCGGAGAAAAUAAAUACAGGGCAACCUGGUGGACUGAAGACUUUGAUGCUGUGGUUGUUGCUACUGGCAGAUAUAAUGCUCCGUACAUGCCCUCGAUACCUGGCCUUGACGAGUGGGUACAACGUUUUCCAGGACACUUAAUACAUUCACGUCAGUACCGACGUCCAGAAGCGUUGGCUAACAAGACCGUCUUGAUCGUGGGGGCAGCUACCAGUGGAGGAGAAAUAUCACGCGACCUGAAUACAUGGGCCCAUAAAAUAUAUCAAUCCAUCAGGCCCGACAAUAGCACUACCGCACAUUACGCUCUCAUCAAUUAUCUGCGACGAUUACCCAGGAACACCACGAUAGUUCCGGAAAUCAAACGGUUUCUUCCCCUGGAUGAAGAUGCGACCAUCCAAUCUGCAGGAAUCGAACUUGUAAAUGGUACCGUCCUGACUGGAAUCGACCAUAUCAUAUUUGGUACCGGCUUCCGAUACUCGUUCCCCUUUUUGCCACAAUACUACGAGGACGCUUCAUAUGUACCUCACGAGGGUUCAAGUACCAAGGUAGUGCCAUUCCUUGCUAGUAAUGGGACACAUAUCCGUGACCUCCACCUCGAUUUAUUUUAUAUUCGAGACCCCACACUUGCUUUCCUUGGAAUGAACUUUGGGACUCAAGCAUUCACCUACACCGAUUAUUUGGCUUUAGCGCUCGCGAAAGUGUGGUCGAACACGGCGAAACUCCCUUCAUGUCAGCAAAUGUGGCACUUGUAUCAAGAACGGGUCGUGGAUCGCGGAGGGUAUGGGAAGCACUUCCAGUUCCUUGGUCCUGAUAGGCUCCGAGCAAAUAUUCGAUUUUUUAUGGGGUGGCUCAAUGAUGCUGCCGCAAAAUACGGUGGAAAGCAGAUCGAUGGAUUACCAAAAUACGUCAACGAGGUUGCUGCAUACUGGGCGAUCGCUCACUAUGGAGGGCCGUUGGAAAAUAGGAGCGAUCCUUCAGUAGGCUACAGCUUCUUGGACGGACUUGGAUUCGAUAUUGUUGCUCCUGAAGCCAUGACGGGGGAGGAGAGGCAAAAAAUGGCGUACUACAUCAUGUUCAACGACAAUUGGUAAAUCACAAGUGCUAGUCGUAUGACGGGAGGAGGGGCAAAAAAUGGCAUACUAUAUAAUGUUCGACGCCAAUUGGUAAAUCAAAUUGCUAGUC